UGUACCGAGGUCGGAUCCAACGCUGCAACGCUGGAGUCUUAUGCACUUUCAAAGCUCUUUUCUCACCUUUUUAAUAGUUUUCUGCAAAGGAUUCGGACUCGGCCUGUUAACGAAUCCGGAUGUCUCAUUUUUCCCUGACGCCUCCUCAAUGUGAGCUCUCUGGGUGCGUCGGGUGAUAUGAUGCGUCGACUCCUCCGCCUGCAUGUGUUCCUGUGCUGCCUCGGGUUGGCCCUGCCGUUCUGUCCGUCCCAGUGCACCUGCGUCUCCCACGGACGCACAGAGGGAGCCGGAUCCAGGUCUGUGCUCUGCAACGACCCCGACAUGUCUGACGUCCCGGUCAACGUCCCGGUGGACACCAUCAAACUCCGAGUAGAGAAAACCGCCGUGCGGAGAAUCCCCAACGAGGCUUUUUACUACCUGGUGGAGCUACGCUACCUCUGGAUUACCUACAAUUCCAUCUCCUCGGUGGACGCCGCCAGUUUCUACAACCUGAAAGUGCUGCACGAACUCAGACUGGACGGAAACCUGAUCAGCGUUUUCCCCUGGGAGUCUCUCAGGGAGACGCCCCGGCUCAGGACGCUGGACCUGCACAACAACCGGCUCAGCAGCGUUCCCACCGAGGCCAUCCCUUACCUGCUCAACAUAACGUACUUGGAUCUCUCUAGUAACAAGUUAACCACUCUGCCUUCUGACCUCAUGGAUAUCUGGCCGCCGUUCAACGGACAACCGGCAUCUUCUAAUAGUUCCCAGAAAGUCGUGUUAGGCCUUCAGGACAACCCCUGGUUCUGUGACUGCAAGAUCUCCAAGCUGAUAGAACUCUGCAGGAUGACGGACUCGGCGCUGGUUUUCAUGGACCUGUUCCUGUCCUGCGCUGCCCCGGACAACCUGGCCGGGGUGCUGUUCCAGCGCGCCGAGCUGGAAAACUGCGUGAAGCCGUCAGUAAUGACCUCUGCGACCAAGAUCACGUCUACUUUGAACAGUAACGUCCUCUUGCGAUGCGACGCCACGGGGACGCCGACGCCAAACCUCUACUGGACCACGUCAGACGGAUCACCAGUCGACAACACAGUUCAGGAGUCACCUGGAGACGGGAUCAGGUGGUCCAUCAUGAGCUUGCACGGAAUAGAGUACAAAGACGCCGGAAACUACAGCUGCAAGGCUAAGAACUUCGCCGGCACGGCGGCGGCCACCAUCUCGGUAUCGAUCGCCGGCAGCGCCAGCACCACCGUCCCGCCGGAGCCCGGCGGGGGAACCGCGGGGGCCGCUCAGGUCGUGACGUCCACUCCCCCGACAGACGUUUCCAACCCUCCCCCGAUCCUGUCCACAGCCCCGCCCAGGACAUCCACACCUCCCACUAACCCGAAAAAGCCCAAAAUACCUCCCGGCAACGGGUCGCAAAAGGGCUCUUCGCUGAAGCUCAACAAGAACCCGCCAACGGGAGGCAACGGGAAGAAACUGGCAGCAGAUGAGAAGAGCAGGAAAAGUGACCCAUCCCAGUCCGUGAAGGACCUUCGGAUCGUGGAGGAGAUGACUGACAGCGCCGUGCUGCUGUGGGCUGCGGGCGGAUUACCAAACGACGCCCCGCUGACGGUUGUAUUCUCACCGUACGAUGAGGAUGACACUAAAAGAACAAUUGAGACAAAUGCCGGCAGUGGAAAAGUGCUUCUGGAUGGACUCUCCCCCGGAAUGAGGUACUCGGUUUGCCUCGUAGCAAAAGGCACUUCAGCUGCAAAAGAUCCCUGCAUCGACUUCUACACCCUGGACAACGUAGAGGACGGCGGCCAGAACCAGUUUCUGAUCAUCUUGACUGGCGUUGCCUGUGUUCUGGUUUUGCCUCUCAUCGCUUUCCUGAUCUACAAGAUCCUGGCGCUCUAUUGCAAAGGAAACUCUUCCGAAGAGGACGAGCUGGAAAACGACAGCUACGUCAAGUUUGAGACGAUUUCAAUGAAGCAAAGAACGUUGAACUCACACCCGACUGAACUGUGGGGAAGACGACCGACGAAUGACUCGGAGCGAAUGCUGCUCUGUUCCCGGUCGAGCAUGGACUCCCAGAUGACCUACAAGAGCGAAGGCUCCCGGUUUGAAUAUCUCUGCUGAUAUCCAACACCAUGGAGCCACAGCGAGUACAGCACUAUAAACUCUGCCUUUCAGGACACUGAAAAGAAAAAAAAAAUGAAAUCUGACCCCAGCCUGCUACAAAGAUCUUUUAAAGUGGCCAUGUUAUGCAACUUUUUAGUCCAUCUUGGUACUUUUAGAGCAGCUCGUCGGCACCACUCCAAAAAGUGUUCAAACUGUUUCAGAAUGAGGCCCCGUUUACACGUGGCAAAAACUGUGGUGUUUUCUUACAUUUUGGCUGUUCGUUUACACGAAAACGAAGCUCAAAGUCACCAAAAACGAUCAAUUCCCCAAAACUCCGUCUUCACGUUUGCCUGUAACCAGAGGGAAACGGACAUUUAGGCUUCAGAACGUCACAUUAUGUGACAGAAACUUCCCUAGCGUCAUGUGUGCGACCUGUGUUUACAAUUUGUUUGGCCACCGUCAAUAUUUUCUUGUAUUUUACCUGUUUUAUAUUCUAAAGUCACACUUAAAAGUAACUCCACUUCUCUGUCACUCCAAACGAAAGACUCUCGUUCAUCUUGGAAGUAACUGGAAGUUACUCGUGUCAUUUGUUGAUGUUUUUUUUCCAGGAUUCUGAUUGGCUAGCAUGACUUUAUGCUUCUCGUUAC